ACAGCACAGCACAUUGUUAUGGUAAGUGAGUCGUAACGCAUUCACUCACCCACUUUCUGUCUUCUUCUUCUUUCGAUUCUUCUUCUUCUUGUUGUUGUCAGUACCAAUUCCCAAAUUCCCAAGUUGCUUCUUCCAAUCCUCUCUACUUCAGUCCACUGUUCUUUGCUAGCAUUUUCGACGGCGCCGUUUUAGCCUCCGGUUCUCUCCUUAGCGCCAUAAAAAGCUUUGGCCGCCGUGGAGUUCGCCGUGAGUAGUGAUUGUUAGCUGGGUCGAACGGUGUGAAGGAAUCUUAUCGUUAAGGAUAGCUUAUUCUAUGUCGGACGUGGCACCCAUCGAGGAGGCAGUAAGCGCAUUGUUGGAUUGCUUGGUUGAUCCACUGUUACCUUCGAAGCUAUAUGGAAAGGAUCCUCCUUCACUUGACAAUCAGCAGUCUGUUGCUAGACAGAUGCAUGCUGUUGGGCUACUCUACAACUACUAUCAUAGGAAGCAAGAUCCAGAGUUGUGCUUUUUAGAAUUUGUGCCAUUUUGCAAGUUGGCUUUAACUUUAAAGCCAACUCUAAUGCCUCAUAUGAAGUUUACACUCCAAACCGAUCCUGUUGGGUUGAAUGAUCUGGAAAACCAACUUUCAGUGACAGAGAAAGCAGUCAUGGAUGCCUGCAAUAUCUCAUUGUCUUUAGAUGCACUGAAAGACAUUCCAAGCAUAGAAGGAUGGCCGAUUUCAAAAGUUUCAGUGCUGUUGGUCGACUCAGAAAAGGAGAAUUGCGUGCUGCUAUUUGGUUCUGUUACUAAUGGUGUUUGGUCUGUUAUUGAAAAAUCUGUCGAUGACUUCAACAUAGAUUUGGAAAAUACCUCAGAGGGAAAAAGAAUCAGUCAAACAAUGACAGGUGAACAACUCACAGAGUCAUACUUUGAGCAGCUUGCCUCCAUAGCUGUCAAGGAAGCUACAGGCAUUAAUCACUCUGAUCUCAUGGUUUUGGAGAGGCAUGUGGUGUAUUCUUUAAGUAAAGAAAAGACAGCUGCUUAUUUCUACAUUAUGCAAUGCACAAGUGGUGGAGACAUUCAAAUUCCUAUUAAAGAUACUAUUGAGAGUUUGCAGGGCCCCCUGUUUGAAUGGAUGUCUCAUAGCUGGAUGACUACCACAGUGGUUGAGCAUUAUAACGUGCUUCCUUAUGCCAUGAUUCUGUCAAGCUGGUAUUCAAGGGAAUUUCCCUCAAUUAGCUUGCAGAGAUCCAAUGUGAGCAGCAUUCUGAAAAUUGAGGAGAAUUUUGGUGAAAAAUUUUCUGAAAGAGAGCAAGUUACCUCAAAUGGAUUGCAGAAUAUUAGUGUGGAACAGGGAAAUAUAGAGAUCAAUAGCUAUCUAAUGCUGGAAAAUCCCUGUUAUGCAGAAGUUAACAAUGAGGGGCAGUGCAAUGAUGGGAACUGCAACAGUGCAAAGUACCUUGUUAAUGAGAAAGCUGUUACUGAGAAAUCUAAGACGAUGGAUGAAGAUGCUCAAGAAACAGAACAAUCUGAUAAAUCCUGGGACAUCACUCACCCAACUCUAAAACAGUUGGAGAACCUUGUUAAUGAGAAAGCUGUUACUGAGAAAUCUAAGAUGAUGGAUGAAGAUGCUGAAGAAACAGAACAAUCUGAUAAAUCCUGGGACAUCACUCACCCAACUCUAAAACAGUUGGAGAACCUUGUUAAUGAGAAAGCUGUUACUGAGAAAUCUAAGAUGAUGGAUGAAGAUGCUCAAGAAACAGAACAAUCUGAUAAAUCCUGGGAGAUCACUCACCCAACUCUAAAACAGUUGGAGAACCUUGUUAAUGAGAAAGCUGUUACUGAGAAAUCUAAGACGAUGGAUGAAGAUGCUCAAGAAACAGAACAAUCUGAUAAAUCCUGGGACAUCACUCACCCAACUCUAAAACAGUUGGAGAACUGCAUUGAUGCAAAUUGUAGUGGUAAAGACACAAUUAGUGCAGAGAACUCCAAGAGGGCAGAUAAAGAAGUUCAAGAAGCAGAAAAACUGGACGGAAACUGCAAAAAUGCACAAUUUAGAGGUAAUGCGACAGUUGCUACUGACAAAUUUAAGAUGGAGACUGAAGAAGCUCAGGAACUAGAACAAUCAGAUAAAUUCUUGGACAUUAAUCACACAACUGUGAAAGAGUUGGAGAAUUGUAGUGGUGAAGACACAACUGGUACUGACAACUCCAAGAGGGCAGAGACAGAAGAUAAAGAAACAGGAAGCCUUGAUGCAUUAUCGGACAUCAGUCACUCAACUGUGAAAAAGUCAGAAAAUUGUGUUUAUAUAGAUUGUAUAAGUGAAGAGAACAGUGGUAGUGACAAUGCUAAGAGGGUGGAGAAUAAAGUUGAAGGCACUAAAAACUCUGAUACAGGUAAACUCACUCACUCAACUGUCGAAGGGUUGAGAGACUCUAUCAGUGGAAAUUCUAGUGGCAAACAUACAAUUGAUGCAUACAAUAGUAAGGAGAUAAAGAAAGUAAUCAAAGACACAGAAAAGCUUGAUAAAUCUUUGGAUACCAUGAACAAUGAGGAUUCUGAAGAUUCAAAACAGGGUCCUACUAAUGAACUCCAGAUAAGCUGCUUCCUUCCCAGAAAAAGGCAGCAGACGGAUGAUGGUGGAGUUAUAAUGAGAUUUACCAAAAACGGGGACAAGAAUAAGAGUGCAGAUUCACCUAUGCGAGUUUACCAUCACCAGAAAAGGAAGAUUCCUGUAAAGAGUGGUGCAUGUGCUUCUGUAGGUGGAGCUGUCAAUGUGGAGUCAGCUGGUAGCCCAAAAUCAAAUAGAUUUAAUAGUAGAGAAGGAAAGGAUUCUGGAAUUGGCAUCAAUUGGACUCUCCCAUACAAUCUAAAUUGGACUCAAGGGGAAGAUUAUGCACCAGUUUGUCUUGAGCCAAAUGCCAGAAGUGUUGAAACUCAGCAGGCUACACUUGUAACAAAAGACGUAGCACUGGCACAGACUGCUUUGGGACAUUUAUUCAGUAAAAGAGCAAAAAUGUGUCAUCAAGCUCGCCUCAUGCAUGAUGAGAUUGCAGCUUGUGAUCAAAACAUCCAGAAGAUCAUAGAGGGCAAUGAGGAUGCUUUGGCUCUUAUGUUAGAUGCCAUCAUGGAUGGUUGUAAUGAUGCAUGCUUCAAAGAUAAAUAUCAGCAUGAGAGUUAUCAACAUGGUGGCCAUCGUCGCUUAAAUCAACUCAGAACCACAAAGAGGAUAUCAGAUGCCAUCUUUAAUUUGCGGUCUCCUACUCAGGAUUUGAAUGGUAUAUGUGGUGUGAAUGGCUGGAUGGUCAAUUAUUCCGUGUCAGCCCCAGAUGGUGGAUUUUUAGCUAAGGUAACUGUAGAAGGCAUGGAUUUUGAUUCUUCCUGUUUCAGUGAAUUGCUUUCUACUCCUGAAGAAGCUACAGAUUCAGCUGCUGCACUGAUGAUUGCGCAGCUACGAGCAAUGGCAGGCCACACCUAAUAGCCGUUUCAUCAUAGUGAAAUGGUUAUCAAGUUUUAUAUGUAUCUAUCCUAGAUAACUAUUUUAUAUAGGCUUCGGUGCUUCUGGGCUGUCCAAAUUUAGAAUAUCAAAUUUCUCUCUGAAAUUCUGUCCUGUGCAAAACAUUAGACUUUAGGUGUCUUGUUGCUGUGACUAAAUAACCUAUGGUUGUAGGGUAAUCACUAAUCAUUCUAUCAUUUUAUCAAAUCUGACUUAAAUGCAGUUGGGCUUUUCCUA